UUUACACCUUCGGAUGAUUUCGAAGGACGGACCACUCGGUGUCACGCCGUAAUCUGGCCGUGGAGAAAACUAUUACCCAGUCUGUGCCCAUGCUAGUGCAUUGCUUCAAAAGUGUGUCUUUAAUUUAGCCUUUCUUUGCUAGUAACUACGCUGUGACUACAUUUGAUGGACUGUGUGGAGCAGAGGGACACGGACGCAAAGGCGCCUUCAGUCAUCGACCGGUAUUUCACGCGGUGGUACAGAGCCGAUAUGAAGGGAAAACCAUGUGAGGACCAUUGCAUCCUGCAACAUUCAAACAGAAUAUGUGUCAUCACUUUAGCGGAGACCCACCCAAUCCUUCAGGACGGACGCACAAUCAAAAGCAUCAAUUACCAGAUCAGUAACGGCUGCAGUCGACUCACUAACAAAGUGUCUGGGAAGUCAAAGCGGGGGGGACAGUUCCUUACAGAUUUUGCACCUUUGUGUAGGAUAAUGUGUUCAGAUGAGACCGAGUACACAAUCUACAGCUGCAUCCGAGGACGUCUUCUAGAGGUCAAUGAAGCUAUUUUAGAAACUCCAAAUCUCUUGCUGGAAAAGCCAUCCACGGAAGGAUACAUCGCUGUCAUCCUGCCAAAGUUUGAGGAGAGCAAGAGCAUAACGGAAAAUCUUCUCAACAGAGAGGAGUUUGAGAACGUCGUCACCAAGCGUAGCAGCGUCCAGUCACAGCCGUCCUGACGGGACUCCACACUUGUGCCUCAUUCAAACCUCUUUCCAUCACGGCCUCACGAGGCUUGUUGAAGACUGAAAACUUUUUUUUUUUUGGGAAGUGAUAUUUAUAUUGAGUCUCACCUGAAAGACUUUUGCAUGUAAUGCAAGCAUCGUGCCUCCAGCUUAUUAUUUGUUGUGUUUCAUGGUAAACAUUUGUGAUGAAGGGUCCAGGAAGUUUUGGUUUGCAUGCAUGGGAAGCGUGAAAAAAGUACUUUCAUUUUAUUUUCGAUUAUACCAAAUGAUCUUCAGUUGAACCUAUUUUUGUAGAAAAUAAACAAGAAACAGCGAUUUAAGAAAAAA